GUCCAGCCAACACAAGACUGUUGACAAAAGAGUGGAAUUGAAAAGGGAUUGCCUGCAUUUCUUUUCAAAUUCCAGGUGGUGGCCGGGCGCGCAUUCAAUGCGUAGUACCUAUCAUCAUCUUCUAGCUGCAAGAAACGGGGCCUCCAUGCUCUUCAAGUUUUGUUGAGUUGAGUUUUGUGGAAUUGUCAGGGUAGCCAUUUUGGAUUCAGCAGAAGGACAAUGGCAGAGGAGUAUGCGAAUGACAGCGAGCGAUUGAAUGGAGUGAUUGGCACAUACCGGGCCAAAAAGGCGGAAGAGUUUCCCAACGUGGAAGACUUGACGCCAGCGGAAGCACUCUCUCUCAGCCCUGAGUCUGUGUUGUUUGUUGAUGCAAGGAGUGAUGGAGAACGAGCUAUGUCCACAAUUCCAGGAGCUGUGACAAAGGACGAUUUCUUGCAAAAUAGCACGAAGCUUGCGGCCGGGAAGGACGUGGUGGUCACGUACUGCACUGUGGGGAUAAGAGGAGGCCGUUUGGCUAAACAAAUCAAGGAUGCUCAUCCUGACUUGAAAGUCAAAAAUCUUGAAGGUGCCAUCAUUGCUUGGGCUCAUGCAAGCGGGCCCCUUGUGGAUGCAAAUGGUGCACCCACAAAGACCUUUCACCCUUUUGGGCCCGGAGUGAUGAAGUAUACACCAAAAGAGAAUGGUUAUGAAGCCAAACUUGAGGACCAAUGAGGACCUUCCGUCCAAGUUGUCCUCUGAAACGGCAAAGUUUUGUACGUAGUGCAAUCGACACAUGGGUUUGCAAGGUUUUCUUGCGUGAGGGGUAUGUUGAACUGAAAUAGAGUAAGUUGUCAACUAGAAUGAUGUUACUUGAUGACAGAGUUGAAACGUGUGUUGGAUGCUGUUUAGUUGGCGAUUCCCUGUAGCCGGACGUGCGCGUGUUUCAGACUUAAACCCCUUAACUAUGCGCACACUUCAUUGAACUGAAGGUGGACCUGAAGGUGGACGAAACCAUGCAAAAGGCUGCCUGUGAUAACAUGUGGCUGCUGCCGGUGGGCCGCCAUCGUAUGGUUUGUUGUGAUCACUCGG